GAAGCUGCCAAAAUGAAGAGCUUCCCAAGUUACGCCGUGGCAGCCACGCUUGCGGCAGUGGCGUGCGCCGCCCCGCAAAUAAUACCAAUGCCGAUAAUGACCAUCAGGCCCAUAGGCGACAAUGCUACAAUUUCCAGCCUUCCACCGAAGCCAACGGCAGUGAUAUGCGAGGCCGAGUGCGAAGUACGCUAUCCCGAGCUGCAAGCUGUUUCCUGGGUUCGAGAAGAUCAAAUAAACUAUUAUACCACCAUCGUAGUCACUGUUUCCGUCAUCAUUCAAGUUAGAGGAAAUAUAACAUCCGAGCCUCAAACAACGACUAUAGCCAAUGACGUGGAUCCAAUAUAUGAUCUUUGGAGAGGGGUAUCGACGAACGACGCAGGCACUGCGUAUAUCGACCUACCAAUGUCCUCGUUAAAGGGGAAGUCAUCGACCCAGCUUGCGUACCCAACUCCCUUCUUCGACUACCCAUCCGAGUAUCACUGGAGCGGUAUACUAUCGACAUCAUCCGCUUGUGAAACUCCUUCCGAACUCACAUUUGGAGUACUUACAGACCACCCGCAGUACCCUCAACCGAAAACUGCCACACCCAACGAAGAUGAUCUGGUAGGUGCAAAAUACACUGCGAUAAGAGUACCAUCCUGGGAGCGGCCCGACAAGUAUUGGUUCGAUGCUGCAUUUCCUUCAGUUCCCGCGUUUGCUUCUUGUAAGGAGGUCAGCGGGAAAAUACCAGGAGACGAUUUCUAUGCACCCAAAUUCGUAUAUGAAACUACGACAACGACCAUCACGCGUGGAACAGAGGGAAUACAUGUUCAACCUUCUACGGAUGGAUUCGAGACCACCUCCAAGACCAGAAAUACAUGGGCAGGGACGCCAAUGCCUCCUCGACCAACCUUCGAAGAUACUUCAAAGGCUUUCGGGACCAGCGAACCGUCGUCCUCUGCGACUGUGACUGAUGAUCGCACAAAGGAGACUCCUCAAAAUCCUCCCCAAAACCCACCUCAGGAUCCUCCCCAGACACCCCAGGGCCCUCCUCAGAAUCCUCCUGACCACGCUAGUAUUCAGCAUCCGCCUGAAAUUACGUCGCCCCCACCGCCGAUAAUCACAGCGCCCCCAACCGGCUCGAUACUGGUACCGACGAUGAUUGAUGGACGGCCUACGGCGACCCAUGUGUUUGUACCACCUGAUUCGUUCGAGACCGCCUCCAUUGGACAAACCAUAACAGUGGGUGGAACACGUACGGUUGUGGCCCCACCAUCUGCCUCCUUUGUUGUUGUGCCCACUACUAUUAAUGGGGUAGCCACGUCUGUCCCGGCAUACAUUAUCGCCGGUACCAGUACCGCAAGCAUUGGUCAGACAGUGACUUUGAAUGGACAACGGACAGUUCUCUCAGCCCCUCCAGCUCUCUUCACCAUGCUUCCCACAACCAUAAACGGGCAGGCCACAUCUGUUCCGGGGUACAUCAUCAGCGGCGCAGCAGCUGCUACACUUGGACAAACUGUGGAUAUCAAUGGAGCUUCUACCGUUCUCAGCUCUCCCGCCCCUUACCUUACCAUGAUCCGCACAACGAUCAAUGGCAUUGUAACCUCAGUUCCCGCCUACAUCGUUUCGGGUACAUCCACAGCUUUCCCAGGUCAGACCAUUACUUAUAACGGUCAAACUACGGUUUUACCGAAUGCGGACCUCAAGUUGAUCUACAUUCCAACCACUAUCAACGGCGUCGCAACUUCAGUUCCUGCAUACGUCGUCUCUGGCGGAUCUACUGCGUUUCCCGGGCAGACCGUCACGAUCAAUGGACAAUCCGUCGUCCUGCCAAACCCUGACGUCGUGUUGAGUAGUAUCACAACAUCCAUACUGGGUCGUAUAACCGUGAUCCCCGUAUAUAUUAUUAGCGGAUCUAUCACUGCAGCUGUGGGACAGACCAUUACGCUGGCGGGCCAAACGACUGUGCUGCCCAGACUCACCUCUACACCGACAGACACCACUUCUGAGGGUCCUAUUAGCACCGCUUUGGGUGGAGCUCGUGAAACCGGGAAGAAGGAUGCCGCGGUAGACAAUAGGGUCUCCUUAGGUGUGUUAUUGAGUGCAAUCUCCUGCGUGAUUGUAUGUGUGGUCUAG